CGCUCGCCGGGCCGCGCCCGUGGCCGUGCGCGGGGCCUGCGGGGCCCGCCGCUCGCUCGCCUUCCCGCCUAAGGCCUCCGCUCCACGCGGCCCCUCUCGUCGGUUCCUCCCGCCCGGCUCUCCAGACUCCGGCGCGGUACUCCCCAGCUGCCGCCUCCGCCCCCACUUGUCCCCGUUUUCCUUCGCUCGCGCGUGGCGGCGAGACUGAGCCUUUGUCGGGAAGAUCCACCAAGACAGCCCCGAAAGCCGAUGUCCGGAUGAUGGCUCUUUUUCCUCUGCUUCCUCCCCCGGGAAAGUGUUCUUGCCGGGUUCCCACGGGCGGCGGAGGCCGUGCGUCUUCUCCGGCUCCGGAAGGACCUGUGCUGUGCCGCUGUGCGUAGUUGUGUAGUAGGGGAGCGUCGGCCACCGCCCUGAUGCCGGUCCCCUGCACACCCGCCUGGGUGCCGGCGGCUCUGUGCCCUGGGGGCCACCUCUGAUCUGGGGUGUCGGCGUCCUCUCCCUCAGCUACGGUGUCUUGAUGCAGUCUCAGGAUGUGGACCUCUCCUUCCCACAGCAACCAGAGAGAUCCAGUCUCUUCAGUGGUACAAAGAGGGGGACACUGUUUCUCACUUCAUACCGGGUGAUCUUCGUGACUUCACACUUAGUCAGUGAUCCCAUGUUUUCUUUCAUGAUGCCAUUUGAUCUGAUGAGUAACUGCACCGUUGAACAACCGGUCUUUGCUGCCAACUACAUUAAAGGGACUAUUCAGGCAGCUCCGGAUGGUGGCUGGGAAGGACAGGCUACUUUUAAAUUAGCCUUCAGAAAAGGAGGUGCCAUCGAAUUUGCCCAGCUGAUGGUGAAAGCUGCCUCUGCUGCUGCCAGAGGAGUUCCACUUGGAAGUGCAAGUUACUGGUUCAGCCCUCCAGGACUGCUUGUAGUUACUGGGCAGGGGAACAUGAUGUGCACGCAACAGAUGCCUUGUCCAGCAUACCCAUUUGUUGUCUAUGGAUCCCCACAGGCAGGAUAUGGACCCCCACAGGCAGGAUAUGGAUCCCCACAGGCUGGAUAUGGACCCCCACAGGUGGAAUAUAGACACCUGCCAUGGGGAUACGGACCCCCACCAGCAGGAUACGGACCCCCACCUGUGGGAUCUGGAGCCCCACCAGGAGCAUACAGAGCCCUGCCUGUGGGAUACGGAGCCCUCCCAGCUGGAAACGAAACCUUACCGACUGGAAGUGAAAACCCAGGGGCUGGAAAUCAAGCCCCACCUCCAGGAUAUGAAGUUUCACCUGCUGGAAUUAGAGCUGGGUCUGGCAAAUCUGUGGCAAUCCAACCUCCUGGGUAUGAGGCUUCUCUUCCCCCUGCCUCAUCUUCUCAGAGCCAUUCACCAUCUUCCAGGAAUUAAACCUUGAAGACUCGCCAAGCAAAGUGGCACCAGAAAACCGAAGUCAGAAUAGGAAGGUAGACUCAGGUGCCAGGCAGUCGGAAGCAUUUCCUGCCCAUGUGGUGGCCUGAUCCUGUCUGCGCAUCUGUGAGGUCCUGGAAGGAAAAUGCUUGAAAACAGCCAACCAGAGUGAGAGAGAUCCGAAUCCGUCCACGUCACACAGCUUGGGGAUGGAGACUGAUUUCUAGGUUUUCGGUAGAAAACAGGCGUCCUUCCUGCCUAUGUCCUGAGGAGAAAGGAGAAGCUAGUGUAACCGAAGAGGCUGGGGUCACCCUGGCUUUACACCCCCGAUUAAAGUCUGCUUGCUGUCGCAAUA